AUGGCGAGGAAGUCAGGGAUUUUGAUACGACAUUUGUUUGGCAAUUGGAGCAACCCCUGUGCAGGUCUUCUUCAUCAUCGUCGAAAGCUUCUUCCUAGUUCCAUCCAAACCCUAACCCUAUCUUCAUUCUAUGGUCUAACACCACGUUUACCUUCCCCUUGCAAAUUACCUGUGUCCUCCCCAAUCCUUCAUUUUAUGGGACACUCCGAUAAAGGUCUUGUAUUUUCAAGGCCCCAAAAGAUGGUAAUCAUUUCGAACAAGGAUGACUAUGACAAGGCAAUUAAACAAGUUACAGAUGGAUUAUUGCCAGCGGUUUUCUACUUCAUUGAUCACAAGUGCAUACCUGAUUCUAGUUAUGAGCCAGCUUUACUUUUGCGUGGAUUGAGGAUGAAAUUCCCACAUGUAACCAUAUAUAAGAUUAUCAAGCCUCCUGUGGUGGACAUGGAAGAAAUAUUGGGGAAUAUGGUUCCUGACUAUAGGCCAACAUUCCAUUGCUUUCAAAAUGGUGAAAAGGUAUUUGAGGUUGAUUUAUAUGAAUUGCGCAUUGCUUUUGAACAGCUCUACAGUCAUGUCAUCCCAGUCGGAACCACUCAACCUACGGGUUCAUCUGGGAUGGAGGAAAGGAGAGCUGAACAACUUGUCAUACAAGCUGAGAAAGAAGAGAAUGACAAAGAAGUUGCAGGAGGGUUCAAAGUGGGAAGUGGGAGGGCAUUAUCGCAACGGAAAGGUGCUGCGACCUUGUCACAACGGAGAGGUGGCCUUGUUGAGGCAGUUGAGAGUAGUACUGCACCUUCACUUCAUGAUGUGAUGCAGGCUGUUGAAUCUUUACCUGGAGGACGUUCCGAUGGUCUUUUGUGGUGGUAUGCAAGAGGGCUGUUUAAAGGUCAGCCUAAGAAGAGAGUGAUGUUUUCUAACAUGCAAGGUCUUUACUUCAAGGUUGCUUGGCUUCUUCGUGAAAUUGCUAAGGAAUAA